AUGGAUCCUGAUUUCGAUUCUGUUAACGAGGACUCGUACAUCCCUGGUACCCUCAAUAUCUAUGCGUUUGAAAUCAAGGAUGAUAAUGAAUUAAGUGUCAAACAUUCCCGAACUCAAGACCGAAAUCUCAAGACUUCCGGCAACAUUAUUCUCGUUCCUCAACCUUCGGACUCUCCAAAUGAUCCACUUAACUGGAGCAGACUAAGAAAAUUGUGGAAUCUUGCCGUUCUUGCUUUUAUUACAGGAUUCACUGCUGCUACUUCAAACGAUGCUGGCGCAAUUCAAGACUCAUUGAACCAACUCUACGGCAUUACUUACGACUCCAUGAACACCGGCGCCGGUGUGUUGUUCAUUGGUAUUGGAUGGGGAACCAUCUUCUUAGCUCCUUGUGCCAACUUGUACGGUAGAAAAAUUACCUACUUGAUCUGUAUAUUUCUCGGACUUUUGGGAGCAGUAUGGUUUGCUCUUAGUAAAGAUACCACAGACACCAUAUGGUCACAAUUGUUUGUUGGUAUCUCAGAAAGCUGUGCUGAAGCUCAGGUUCAAUUGUCGUUAAGUGACAUGUACUUUCAACAUCAAUUGGGUACAGUAUUGACAAUUUAUAUCUUGGCUACCUCGGUGGGUACCUACCUUGGUCCUUUGAUUGCAGGAUUUAUUGUGGAGUAUGUCGGAUUUCGUUGGGUUGGCUGGAUUGCCGUAUUUAUUUCCACCGGCUUGUUAACGGUGAUUGUCUUUGGUGCGGACGAAACCGUAUAUGACCGUAAGAGCCAUAUAAAUCCAUCACAUAUGGUCGAAGAGAAACAGGCACACGAUGCACUCGUGGCACAAAAAUCUCCGUUCUCCGAAAAGCGCAUAUCUGUGGAUUAUGAAGACUCGGUAGAGGUUGCCGAUAAUGUUCGAAAAUCAUAUUGGCAACGAAUUAAACUCAUCACUCCUGCCGAAAACUUACGUGGAACUGGGUUCCGUCAGUAUAUUCGUCAGUUGGCUCACCUGUUCAAGGUCUUUCUUUAUCCUCCUGUGAUUUACUCUGGACUUGUGUGGGGUUUCCAAGAUGCCUUACUCACUUUCUACCUCACAGUGGAGGACGAUCAAUACUACGACCCACCUUAUAAUUAUGGAGAUGUGGGAGUUGCUCUUAUGAACGUACCAUGCUUAAUCGGUGCAAUUAUCGGAUGUGUAUACGCCGGUAUUGUUAGUGAUUGGUUCUCUAUUUGGUUGGCCAAAAAGAAUGGUGGUAUACAAGAAGCAGAAUUCAGAUUGUGGUUUCUCUUCAUUCCUGGAAUCAUUGCUCCCAUUGGACUUAUAUUAUUUGCAGUAGGAACAGAUCAGGUUUGGAAUUGGGUUCCUACAUACGUUGGAUUGGGCUUCAUUGGUUUGGGCUUUGGUGCUUCUGGUGAUGUUUCCAUGUCAUAUUUGAUGGAUGCUUAUCCAGAAAUGGUCAUUGAGAUGAUGUGUGGUGUUGCUGUCAUUAACAAUAUGUGUGGCUGUAUCUUUACUUUCGCUUGCUCUCCUUGGCUAGAUGCUAUGGGGAAUACUCACACUUUUAUUAUCUUGGCGGUGAUUGAAUUUAUCAUUAUGAUGUCAGCAGGUAUAUUCAUCUACUACGGAAAGAGAAUUAGGGUCUGGACAAAACCAUGGUAUAUCCAGUACUGUGCUAUUAGAGACGGAUUAUAA